AUGGCGCCAAAGAACAACGCUAAGGGCGGCGAUAAGGGCAAGAACGCCAAGGGGAAGGGCAAGGAGGGUGGUGAUGAUGCUGGGAAGGGGAAGGGUGGGCAAUCAAUUAACGUCCGCCAUAUUCUUUGCGAGAAACACUCCAAGAAGGAAGAAGCACUGCAAAAGUUGCGUGAUGGAGUCAAGUUUGAUGAUGUUGCCCGUGAAUAUUCCGAGGAUAAGGCCAGACAAGGAGGAGCCUUGGGUUGGAAGGUUCGUGGUAGUUUGGACGAAGCCUUUGAGAAAGUUGCAUAUGAUUUGGAGCUCAGUACAACCGCUAAACCCAAGUAUGCGGAAGUGAAGUCGAGCUUCGGAUACCAUAUCAUCAUGGUCGAGGGAAAGAAGUAG